UGCGCUCUGACUGUUCAGCUGCUGCUCAGGGGCUCUGCACGCAGAGGGUCCACCUCCCAGCAGAGGUGGCUUAUGGCAGAAAGAGCAGCCUACACACAGGGAUUCCUGCACUGAAUUAGCCAGCACUGCAGCAGGGAGCAGCCGUCAUGGUCGACACCGAGAUGCCCUUCUGGCCCAUGAGCUUUGGGGUCAGCCAGAUGGAGCUGCCCGGCGUGGACGAUCACUCCCACCCCUACGACAUCAAGCCGUACCCCACCGUGGACUUUUCCAGUAUUUCCGCCCCAAACUACGAAGACGUUCUGGACGAUAAAACUUUCCUGAGAAACGACCAAACGUCUCUGGAUUUCAAGUACGACCUGAGGCUGCAGGACUGCCAAAAUUCAAUAAAAAUGGAGCCCCCUUCGCCCCCCUAUUACCCUGAGCGGUCCCAGGGGCUCGGCAAAGGGCCGGACGAGACGUCCAACUCCCUCAUCGCCAUCGAGUGCCGGGUCUGCGGAGACAAAGCGUCUGGCUUCCAUUACGGGGUCCACGCCUGCGAGGGCUGCAAGGGCUUCUUCCGCAGGACGAUCCGGUUGAAGCUGAUUUACGAACGCUGUGACCUCAACUGCCGCAUUCACAAGAAGAGCAGAAACAAGUGUCAGUUCUGCCGGUUCCAGAAGUGCCUGGCGGUCGGGAUGUCCCAUAACGCCAUCAGGUUCGGGCGAAUGCCGCAGGCGGAAAAGGAGAAGCUGCUGGCGGAGAUCUCCAGCGACAUGGAGCAGCUGAACCCGGAGAGCGCCGACCAGCGGGUCCUGGCCAAGCAUUUAUACGACUCCUAUCUCAAAUCCUUCCCGCUCACCAAAGCCAAGGCGAGGGCCAUCCUGACGGGAAGGACGAGCGAUAAGUCGCCCGUGGUGAUCCACGACAUGAACUCCCUGAUGAUGGGCGAGGAUCAGAUCGCCUAUCACUACCUGACGCCGGCGCCGGAGCAGAACAAAGAGGUCGCCAUCCGCAUCUUCCAGCGCUGCCAGUCCCGCUCGGUGGAGGCCGUGCGCGAGAUCACCGAAUUCGCCAAGAGCAUCCCGGGCUUCGUCAGCCUGGACCUGAACGAUCAGGUGACUCUGCUGAAGUACGGCGUCCACGAGAUAAUAUUCACCAUGCUGGCGUCGCUGAUGAAUAAGGACGGGGUUCUCGUGGCCGAGGGGCAGGGGUUUAUGACGCGGGAAUUCCUGAAGAGUUUGCGGAAGCCGUUUGGGGAAUUCAUGGAGCACAAGUUCGAAUUCGCCAUCAGGUUCAACGCGCUGGAGCUGGACGACAGCGACCUCGCCGUCUUCGUGGCGGUCAUCAUACUCAGCGGCGACCGGCCGGGCCUGUUAAACGUGAAGCCCAUCGAGGAGAUCCAGGAGAACCUCCUGCAGGCGCUGGAGCUGCAGCUUCGGCUCAAUCACCCCGACUCGUCGCAGCUCUUCGCCAAAGUGCUGCAGAAGAUGACGGAUCUCCGCCAGGUGGUCACGGAACACGUGCAGCUACUGCAGGUGAUCAGGAAGACGGAGGCGGACAUGUGUCUGCACCCCCUGCUGCAGGAGAUCUACAAAGACUUGUACUGAGCCCAGACUUCUGUAUUUUCUCCAAUUUGCACUAUUUUUAUGAAAUAACCAAAAUAUCAUAACUGUGAAGCGGCCUUAAGAGGCGACCCUCCGCCCGCCGCUGUCUCCGAGC